GGCAUCGGAUUUCUGGCUCGUGAUUUGUCGAAGCCCAGGCGCUCCUCUUCUCCGCCCCUCUCCGGCUGGGUGAGAGGUCAGCGGAGGGGCGGUCUGCGGGGACAACAAUGGCGGGGCUCUGGGUCGGGACAGCAGCGCUGGUUGCUGCCGGACGGCGUGGGCGGUGGCCGCCGCAGCAGCUGAUGUUGAGCGCGGCGCUGCGGACCCUGAAGCAUGUUCCGCAGUAUUCAAGACAGCACUUAAUGGUGUCCCGUAAUCUUGGUUCAGUGGGAUAUGAUCCUAAUGAAAAAACUUUUGAUAAAAUUCUUAUUGCUAAUAGAGGAGAAAUUGCAUGUCGGGUUAUUAAAACUUGCAGGAAGAUGGGCAUCAAGACAGUGGCCAUCCACAGUGACGCUGAUGCUGGUUCUGUUCAUGUGAAAAUGGCGGAUGAGGCCGUCUGUGUUGGCCCAGCUCCCACCAGUAAAAGCUACCUCAACGUGGAUGCCAUCAUGGAAGCCAUUAAGAAAACCAGGGCCCAAGCUGUACAUCCAGGUUAUGGAUUCCUUUCAGAAAACAAAGAAUUUGCCAGAUGUUUGGCAGCAGAAGAUGUCAUUUUCAUUGGACCUGACACACAUGCUAUUCAAGCCAUGGGUGACAAGAUUGAAAGCAAAUUAUUAGCUAGGAAAGCAGAGGUUAAUACAAUCCCUGGCUUUGAUGGAGUAGUCAAGGAUGCAGAAGAAGCUGUCAGAAUUGCAAGGGAAAUUGGCUACCCCGUCAUGAUCAAGGCCUCAGCAGGUGGUGGUGGGAAAGGCAUGCGCAUCGCUUGGGAUGAUGAAGAGACCAGGGAUGGUUUUAGAUUGUCUUCUCAAGAAGCUGCUUCUAGUUUUGGCGAUGAUAGACUACUAAUAGAAAAAUUUAUUGAUAAUCCUCGUCAUAUAGAAAUCCAGGUUCUAGGUGAUAAACAUGGGAAUGCUUUGUGGCUUAAUGAAAGAGAGUGCUCAAUUCAGAGAAGAAAUCAGAAGGUGGUGGAGGAAGCACCAAGCAUUUUUUUGGAUGCGGAGACUCGAAGAGCAAUGGGAGAACAAGCUGUAGCUCUUGCCAGAGCAGUAAAAUAUUCCUCUGCUGGGACCGUAGAGUUCCUUGUGGACUCUAAGAAGAAUUUUUAUUUCUUGGAAAUGAAUACAAGACUCCAGGUUGAGCAUCCUGUCACAGAAUGCAUUACUGGCCUGGACCUAGUCCAAGAAAUGAUCCGUGUUGCUAAGGGCUACCCUCUCAGACACAAACAAGCUGAUAUUCCCAUCAGCGGCUGGGCAGUUGAAUGUCGGGUUUAUGCUGAGGACCCCUACAAGUCUUUUGGUUUACCAUCUAUUGGGAGAUUGUCUCAGUACCAAGAACCAUUACAUCUACCUGGUGUCCGAGUUGACAGUGGCAUCCAACCAGGAAGUGAUAUUAGCAUUUAUUAUGAUCCUAUGAUUUCAAAACUAAUCACAUAUGGCUCUGAUAGGACUGAGGCACUGGAGAGAAUGGCAGAUGCACUGGAUAACUAUGUUAUUCGAGGUGUUACACAUAAUAUUGCGUUACUUCGAGAGGUGAUAAUCAACUCACGCUUUGUAAAAGGAGACAUCAGCACUAAAUUUCUCUCUGACGUGUAUCCUGAUGGCUUUAAAGGACACUUGCUAACCAGGAGCGAGAAGAACCAGUUACUGGCAAUAGCGUCGUCCUUGUUUGUGGCUUUCCAGUUAAGAGCACAACAUUUUCAAGAAAAUUCAAGAAUGCCUAUUAUUAAACCAGACAUAGCCAACUGGGAGCUCUCAAUAAAAUUGCAUGAUAAAGUUCAUACUGUAGUAGCAUCAAACAGUGGGUCAACGUUCUUGGUGGAAGUUGAUGGGUCGAAACUAAAUGUGACCAGCACGUGGAACCUGGCUUUGCCCUUAUUGUCUGUCAGCGUUGAUGGCACUCAGAGGACUGUCCAGUGUCUGUCUCGAGAAGCAGGUGGAAACAUGAGCAUUCAGUUUCUCGGUACAGUGUACAAGGUGAAUAUCUUAACCAAACUCGCUGCAGAAUUGAACAAAUUUAUGCUGGAAAAAGUGACCGAGGACACAAGCAGUGUUCUGCGUUCCCCAAUGCCCGGAGUGGUGGUGGCCGUCUCUGUCAAGCCUGGAGACACGGUAAGGGCUGUGUGUGUCUCUGCAGGACAUGCUGCUCUCAGACUUCCCUUUCCAGAACGAUGGCUAACGGAACAGCACGAUUCAGCUCUUUGCAAUUCUUUCUUAACUGACCUCCACCAAACAGCAAAGUCGAUUUUGUGUGUUGUCAACCUGUUUCACAUUUGCAUUAGGUUUGUGCCAGGACCCUAAGCACUUCCCCUCCCAAAUGAUCUGGGAGUGGAGCAGAAAGAAGGCCUGAUUCAUUCUGUCAUUUUGCAAAUGCAGUGUUUUGGGAAGUACUUGCCCUAAAAGUACUCUCCAGUAUGCUGUGCUCAAAGCGUCCAUGAAGAAGUCAUGCCAGGGAAUAAGACUCCGAUGAGGUACUUUUUGCAUGAUUUUCCUGGAACAAAUGUCUAAUUGGGAAGAAGAGCGGAGGAAAGGUUAAUUCUGCAAUCUGGACAGUACCAGAGCACUUCUGUGAGUUGGUAAAUGAAAUGUAGCAUCACAGUUUGAAGUUUUUCAUCUUGAUCUUGUGACAUUAAAGCACACAUCAAAGCUGUAUUAUUUCCUCGAGAUAACUUACUAUGGAUGAAUCGGUAGGAUGCACACAUUUUCUUAGAACAUGGAUAGAAAUCUCUACUGAUGAGCAGCAGAAGUGCAAAGAAAACAACUGAGGAGGCGCCCAGAAGGUUUCCGGGGCCACUGAAAUACUUGCUGUUUUAUUCACGUGCAGGAAAACAGCAGCCAGACGUGACUGUCUCUCGUGGAUGAGGUGGUGAUUCCAUUUUGUAUCUCAGGUCACUGGGGCUUACAUUUUAAUGCCUCCUCAUUUCUCAGUUAGUAUAGAUAAAAUAUCCGCUUACCACUGAGGAAAAAAUCAGGUAGUUGGCAUUGACUUCUGGAAAAAUAUUUGCCAUAAAUGUGAAUAUUAAGAAAACAUGAUCAGUUUUAGUUGUUUGAAUGAUCAGCCCUGAAACUAAUAUGCGAGGUUAGAAAAACGACUUAAAGUUUGCUUUACUUGGUGAUACAGAAAUAGAACUAUCCGCUUUUUCAGAAAGGCGUGAAAGAGGCUGCGUGGCUGCGCAUUGCUGUUUGCUUUGAAAGCAUCGAUACUCCUGGAAGAAAGCCCUCUUUAAGACUGUCUCAUGCCCAAGUGUUAAGGAUUUGGGAGAGGCCAUAAGAAAAAUUGCGUGUGUGUGUGGUGUGUAAAAUUCAGGGAGGGCAUCUUCCUUCUCCAGAAUUAGGGUCAUCAGAGGAUAGUCUCUUGAGAAUUGUUGACUUGCACAUGACAUUAUCAGAGCUGUCAGUGGAAUCUUCUAGUGCUAGAUAUGUAGGUUGGUAAACAAUGUAAGGGUUUUGUUUUGUUUCAUUUUUCUUAAGUUUUUUCUGGAAGUCGUAUAGUCUGCAUACUGCCAGCCUGAGCUUGUCACUCCUAAUUAUGUGGCUUUAAUUAUAAAAUCGUGUGUGUGUGUGUGUGUGUGUGUGUGUGUUUCAAGUAAAUGUUUUCCUUAAAUCCUCUUCUAACACCUGAAUCCAAACCGCAGUGGAGGGCGGGCGGGCGGGGAGGAGGGAGACCACUCCUGCCUCAAGCCUGGAGGGCAAGAGGGUGAGACUGCAACCCGGGCCCAGCAGCCCUCAAGGAGGCUGCUCCGAGGCAGGAAACGGGGCGCUCCCAAGGCCAGAUGAGCACAGCCUUCUGGUUUCUUAACAGCCGCUGGCUCCUGAUCUGACUUUCCCACAUACAGAAAGGGUCUGGCCUUUGUACAUUCCAUUUCCUGGUUGAUAAUUGAAUGUAGAAAAGCAAGGCAUUUCGUAAAUGGGAACAAUGUGAUAUCAGUCCUCGGUUCAUUGAUGUAGCUCAGAUAUUGAAAACACCCACCAAUAAUUAAAUAUGUGUACUCAUUAAGAAUGGUUUGAGAACUAACUGUUAAAAAUACAUUACCGCAGAGCAAUGGGGCCAAUACUUUCUGCAUUCCUUUAAAGUCAGAGUACCUGGGGGGGCACACGUAGUGAACAGGCUCAGGGCCUCGGGUCUGUCAGCUUGCUCCUAAGUUCUGUUUGCGGGGCCUGCUCAGGUGGGGUGUAUACUUGCUUUUCUUUGUCUUUUUUUGGUACUUGCAGAACUUCCUUUCAUAUUCUGUGCCAUUGUAUUUUGAUGAAACAGUCUUUUCUCUUGAAUUACUGCUUGUGAAAAAUGUCCCAAACCACUAAUAGCGAAACCCAGUGCAGCCCAAGAAGUUUCAUCGCCGGCUCUCGGAACAACUUCUCUAGUUACAUUCUGCUUAGUGUAAUUAAAACACAAGAAGCUUCCUUGGACCGAGGUACGGAACUUGAGGCCAUUGUGAGGAAACACUACUUGUCAUGUUAAAGUUUUGUGGUUUUAAAUGAUUUUAACACCACGGCGGCAUGUUGUGCUCCCCCCCACCCCCCCACUAACAAUAGCCAAAGGAGGUUCCCCUUUUAUGGCUGGGAAGAUAAUGGAGUCAAUCUCCUUAGUGUAUUUUCAAGGAAAAUAAGGACCCCAAAACAACUAAGGGCCUUACAAGUAUUCUGUUUUUUUCGGAAAUGUUACUUUUUAUUUUUUAAAUUCCAGUAAUCUAUCAUGUUUCUGUUUAGCUGAAGUAAAACUUGACCAAUCUUAGAAUGGUGGGCCUGGCAGUAAGUUCUAAAAAAGUGUCACAUAAAUCAUAAUUAACAAAUCUGUUUUGUGAAGUAAACAAUUUGAAUGCAGUUUAAAAACCUCAGGAAGAAGAGAUGUGGGAACGCUGUUGAGAAGUAAUGAAUCCACUUGGGGGACUUGAUGUGCCAAGACCUGUGAACUGAUUCACUGGAAACACCCUGCCCUAAACACAGAAGCUGUGUUUUAUUUGAAGGGUUUCUGUAGGGUUCACACAGCAAAAGUUCCUGAAAACUUUUUCAGUGUCUAUUAUAUACUAUUUAACAUUAGAUGUGGCAGGUCACAUUUGAAAUGAUUGUGUAAUAGUUUUUUGAACACGUGGCGAGAGGAUCUUAAUACACAGUAAAAUGCAGAUAAACAAAUCAAUAAGAAAGUACAGUGGAUGAUUAAAGUCAGGAAUCACUAACAUAACUUAGGAAACAACUCAUAGAAUAAAUCUUCUGUGCCUUUCUAUAUGCCUUCUGAAAAUGUUUCUGCAGUAACUCAUUUCAGUUUGAAAACAAACCUGUUUUCUUAACACUGUUGUAAACUGGGAGCAUUUCUGUAAUCAAAGUUAGCAUGACUCAACUGUUUCAAACUUCUAUCUUUAUGAUAUUCUUGAACAGAAAUGUUAAAAAUAUAUAUAUUUUCAGAAUAAUGGUAGAAUACAUUUUUCCACAUGUUAAAUUAGACUUACAGCUGCUGAAUGUAUUGCAUAAUUUUCACUUUGACUUCGAAGUAUAAAGUCAUGAUAAGCACA